AAUAAUUAUUAAGAGCGAAUGUCAGCAAGCUCCAAACAUAUCGUGGCAAGUGUUGAAAAAUCGAUUUGGCCCAAACUUUCAUAUGUUGUAGCCUAAUGUAUACCUAUCACCACUAUGUAGUUUAUUAGUGAAAAUAGCUUUUGGUUUUCGAGAUAUGGCGYCGAGAGUCGGGGUCGGUCAAUAUGCUAAUUAGAUCACUUUCAAAACAACACAAUUGAAUGACCUCGUAUUUCAAAAAUAGUUGACCUCUAAGGCUUCAAUGUWUAUAGGCGUUUAGUACAUCAUCUCAAGUUACGGCARUCAUAGUUUGAAGUGGUUUUAUUCAAAAUUAAUUUUUUGGUGAAUUUAUUACUUAGUAGUACUUUUUUCGACCUCAAAAGUGUGUCCAAAAUAAACGCAUUUUUUCACAUGUCCGAUAUGACAUUAUUCAAUGAUACUUAGGCUAUUGAAAGUCGAUAGAAUACUUAUUCUUUUGAUGUAAAAAAAAGUUUGUGCUUUUGCUUUGAUUUUGUGUAGUGACCGUUUAAACUUGACACAUUUUCGAGUUUUUCGUAGUUGAAAUUUACAAGUCUAGACAAUAUUUACUACGACAAACUUGCUUUGUUUUUGAAAUAAAUUAAAAAAAAGGCGAUUAAAAUUGCUUUAGACUUUCCUAAGCUAUUGAGGCUACGAAUGACAAAAAUAUUUGGAUGAAAAUUAUUGUAUAUAAGAGAGCCCCCAAGAGGAAGACAAAUUAACCUUUUCAAUAAAUAAGUUUUUAUCRCUACAUGAGUAAUAAGUACAGAGACCCAAAAUGGCUUUAAAGCUAGAAAUAGUUUGUUCGUAAAGAGUUGAGCGGUUGAAAUUAGAUAUCACGAUUCAGCAAAUCGAAGGGUGAGCCAGUAUUGGGUUUCACGUCCCAUCUCAUGCAUCACAGCAAGAUCAGUCAUGGAGGUCUGCUGUUCUUUUAAAUCGCUUGUCGGAGGUGCUUGUGGAUUGCUUCGAAAAGAUAGGAUUGCUUCAAAUGUAGAAGUUAUACCGUUUUUAAAUUGUUYCAAAGAUAUUUCAGAUCACUUGAGUCGUUGUAAGUUUACUGGUCCUGAAGAUGAAGUCGAUUUAAUUUUGUGUCGCGCGGGUCUGUUUACCGUUCCUAAAAACGUGGAUAGUAUGACGAUAUGCCCAAGUCAUCGAUCGAAUCUUGGUGUGGGAUGGAGCCGUGGGGCAAAUAUAAGAUGUCGAGUACCAUUGGAGUUUGCAGAUCAUAAUAUCAAGAAAACAGGCAAGCGACAAAAGUUGYCUAAAGGGGACAGAGGGGUAACAAAAAACAUUUCUAAAAUGUUAUUGAGAAAGACUGGAAUAUUCGUCCAAGUAGGCUCAGCAAUGUGCACAAACUGUAUUAAGAAGACAACUAAAUUACAGCAAUCGAAAGACCAGUUAUCUACCUUAACAGAUGCCUUAGGUGAUCUUAGUUUGGAUAGUGAAGUUGUAUUCAAGCUACCACCUGAUCAACAACCUGAUCAUCCACCUGACACUCCUGGCAGUGUUUACCAACCUCCCKAUGAUUCUCUUAAUGAAUCCCAGGCUGAUGUGUCUAACCUGACUACCCCACGAGAUUUGCUUAACCAGUUUCUUGCUUCGAGAGACCUAAGUCCCAUUAGAUAUACUUUGUCUACAGCAUGGGAAGACGCAGCCCCGCGAAMAAAGAGAUUUCAUACAAGAAAAGCUAAGCAAGUUAUCGACGCAUGCCUCCAAGAAAUUUCCCCCGAUGACCACCAUAGUCUUUUUUACAGUGUGCAGCAGGCAAGAGACUUGUCCAAUGAYAUUGACUCUGUUCUGAUUGACGCCCUGGCUGAAUKUUACCAGAAUGCAUUACACUGGAGUACACGAAGGCAGAUCCUUUCAAUAAUAGCUGAUAAAGUUCCAUACAAGAUGCUUCUACAAUGGAUACCAGAUUUGUCCAGAUAUCGAUAUAAUAUUGCGCGGCACCAUCGUCUCCUUCAUGGUAGAGGGGCAGUUAUUCCCACCCAAUCGACAACACGAAUCUAUGUAGACCUAGGAAAGCUUGAUCAUUUCCUAACAUUCAUCACAAGCAGCCAUGUUGUCCAAGAAAUCCCUUACGGUGAACGUUCUUUAAAGCUAUCUUCAAACACCAACAUUAAAGUAYCUAAUGUCAUCAGAACCAUGAUUCCCGAGCAGAUCAUCAGACAGUACRAAAGCCAUUGCAGUGAGAUAAAGAUUGUACCCCCUAGCAGAAGCACCUUGCACAGGAUUCUGAAAGUUUGUUCAGCAUCAGUUAGACGAUCACUGCAAGGUUUGGAUAACUUUUCGGCCGAAGGUGCAAAUGGGUUUGAUGAACUAGAAGAAAUUGUAGACAAACUUGGAGAUGAUUAUAGCAAAGGUCUUACAUGGUCAAAAACCCAAAAUGAAAGGCUACGAGCUGCAAAGCGAUAUCUCAAGAGUGAUUUUAAGGUCCAUGUAUCUGAGUCAUCCACCGUAGCUGAUCAUUGUAGACCGUAUGCCCUAAGCACUGCCGAUGACGAUGACUACCUAUCAGAAUGUGACCACUCCCAUAAUGACGUAUGUGAUCGAUGUAGCAUACUACCYGACGUUGUUUGCGAGCUAUAUUCUUCAAUCGAAAACCUUGAAGAUGAUGUCAAAGAUGACUUGAAGUAUUCCAUUGGACAGGCUGUUGAUAAGAUCACUGCUUGGAAAGCACACCUUCUGAGGUCCAUUAACCAGGAUCAAGCAAGGCUAGACAUGAUUAAAAAUCUUGACCAAACAUCUACACUUUUGAUACUCGACUGGGCCAUGAAAUUUCUUCCUAGAAAGUUUCGUGAGUCCCAGAGAGAUUGGUUUGCSAAACGGGGUAUUAGCUGGCAUAUCACUGUGGCCAUAAGGAAAAGCGAAGAAGAUAACAUUCAAAUGCUUUGCUUUGUUCAUGUUUUUAGAAAGUGCRCCCAAGAGAGUGAGACUGUKCUUGCAAUUUUAGAUGAUGUUUUCUCCCAGCUAAGAUCUUUGUCGCCURCAAUUACAACAGUGUCGCWGAGAUCGGAUAACGCAGGCUGUUAUCACUCUGCGUUAGUGCUACUGUCAGUUCGACAAAUUGCUGAAAAGAACAGCAUCCAUCUAACAAGAGUAGACUUUUCAGAUCCCCAAGGKGGAAAGGGAGCAUGUGACCGUAAGGCCGCGACCAUAAAGAACCGCAUGAAGAUUUACCUUAAUGAAGGCAAUGAUGUAGAGACUUCUGACCAGAUGGUGGUUGCAAUGGAAUCAGGUGGUGGGUUACCGGGCGUCAGGGUUAAUCUUUGCGGCGAGCAGACGUAUAGUACCACGUGGAAUGACAAAUGGGAGGGAAUCAGUUUUCUUAACAAUGCUGAAUACACUCAAGAUGGCAUAAGAGUAUGGAAAGCAUACCAAAUUGGCCCAGGAAAAUACAUUCCUUGGAACGAAUUUAAUCUACCGAGUUCUUUUCCAGAAUUAAAUUCUGUUAACCGUCAAGAAACUGUCCAGAAAGCAGUCUUCACUGAUAUAACAGUACGAUCAACCAAGAAAAGAAGUGAGGCUCGUAGAGAUGAAGAUACCUCAACCAACUUGCCUAUGGACAGUUCAGAUGAUGAGGAGAGUUUGUUUUUCUGCACAGAGGAAGGCUGCGUAAAGUCAUACCAAAGGUUGUCUUCUCUUCAAAGGCAUCUCGACUGUGGUAACCAUAAGUACGCCCUAGAGCGAGAAACYCUCUACGACAAGGCUAUGAUGUCAUAUGCUGCUAAGCUAGAGGAAGGUGCUACUUCAAAUGUGCCUGAGAUACAUGACGAUACUACCCUCAGACGCACAAACCACAAMGCACUUACCAUGGGAUGGGCACUGAAGAGUAGUAAGUCACACAAACGCUUCACGGACAAACAAAAGAAGUACUUGCUAGAGCUGUAUGACCUCGGAGAAAAAACAGGACGAAAGGCGGAUCCUGCUGAAGUAGCAAGAGGUAUGAGGAAGGCGAGGCAUGAAAAUGGAGAAACCAUGUUCAAACCACAGGAAUAUCUCACAUCACAACAGGUAUCAGGGUUCUUCUCGCGYGAAACAGCAAGGCGAAGGAAGGCCCGUCAAGAUUUAGAUAGCACAGAGCAAGAUAAAGAUAUGCUCGAAAGAGAGCGGGAAGUCCUAGUACAAGAAAUGCAAAGAGAAGUUAUUGAUACUGUGACUAUUCAGCACCCAAUAACAUGCGGGACAUACAAUUUGUGCGAUCUCGUAGCUAGCAAUAAGCUUGCUAAACUCUCAAUACCAACACUUCAAGAUAUUUGUGUUACAAUGGGAAUGGACAUAAUGGCAAUUAAGGUCAGGAGGAAGAAACCGUAUGUAGAGCUCAUAUUUAGCUUAGUUUCCAAGUGCGCUUGCCAGGGAAAAGUUCAAUAAGGUAUGAAAUCAGAGUUGUUUGCAAUAACCCGCRUAUCGUACAAGGAAUCGGAAAAAAAUUAUUUAGGUUGCGGCUUUAGUCUUGCAAGCUGUUUAUUUCCAAGA